CAUACAAAACAUCAAUUCUGAUGGUUUAAAAAUACCCAACAUGAAUAUUUCUUUAGUUAUUUCACGAACCUUGGCCUUAUUUAUCGGUUUAAAAUGAGUUUUAUAUAAUUUAAGAAUAUAUUUGUAAAGAAAAAAACGAUUUGAGCAAAUAUGCAUGAAGAUUUGGAUGAAAUUGUACCCAGGCUAUACCUGGGUAGCUGGGAGGCUGCUACAGACACAAAUAUCCUUAACAAGUACCAUAUAACGCACAUUUUAACAGUGGAGACUAGCCCAUUGCCUAGAUCCAUCACAUGUUUCAGGCAUAUUACCACGAAAUUUAUUGAAGCUCUGGAUUUACCCAGCGAGGAUCUUCUGAGUCAUUUUGACGAUAUAUAUGCUUUCAUUGAAAAAGGUUUAAACACAGGAGCUGUACUAGUACAUUGCUAUUAUGGCGUUUCAAGAAGUGCCACGGCUGUGCUGGCAUACCUCAUGAAAAAGUAUGGUUGGAGUUUCUCAAAGGCAUUCCAAAAAGUCAAGUCUAAAAGAAGAUUUGUUUACCCAAACGAAGGGUUCGCAGCCCAGUUAAAGCUUUACCAAGAUUUCGGCUGCAAGAUUGACAGAAACGAGAAGAAAUGUAAGCUGUUCAGACUAAAACUAGUGACAGAAAAAAUCAAGGAAGGUCGAAACAUUCCCAGGAAUUUCUUGGAUUUAGUUCAACCGGAUCCAAAGAAAUUUACCGACUCGUUCAAAUGCAAGAACUGUCAUAGAGCGCUAGUAGCUAAAAUAAACCAGUUUCCGCAUGAAGACAAGUCACGUGAAUGUUCGAAAAUCUAUUUUGUAGAGCCCACAUCGUGGAUGAAGGUAACUGAGUUAACUAAGGGUGAAUUAUACUGUCCCCAGUGCAGUAAAAGGGUGGGAGCCUUCAAUUGGCUCGGUUGGAGAUGUAGUUGCGACUUUAAAAUGACGCCAGCUUUCUAUUUAGAUCCUUCAGAAGCAUAUUAAAGCCUACUAAGCUUAAAACAUCCUGUAUUAAUACAGUAGUUCAAAUGUACCGCCAGUUUUUUUUGCGUAAAUCACAUUACUCGAUGUUGCAAACCAGUCUGAGCGUCUAUAUUGUAAUUCUAAUGCAGUUCUGCAAAUUAGUUCAAACGUAAAAUACAAAUCCUAAUAAAAAAGACAUACCUAGAUUAAGACAAAAUAUCUAUGUUGACUUAUUUCUUUAUGAUUUAUUUAUAUAAUAUAAUAUGUAUUUUGUUAUACUUGAAUAAAUUUUCUUUGUAG